UACUAGUCACUUGGACUGCCAGAUCUGGAUCUCUGCCUUUGCCUCACAAACACAACACAUUCUUGUUGUGCGAGAGAGCAAGAGUUUGGUGGGUGUGAACGCCAUGGCCGCAGUUGGGGGGCUGAUCGCGAGAGCCGUCGGGAACCAAAUCGCCAGCAAGCUGGGCGAGCUCGUGAAAGACGAGAUCGCUCUGUUGUGGGGGUUUCAGGACGACGUCGAGGGCUUGAGGGAGAAGAUGGAAGAUCUGGAUGCCCUGAUGCGGGACGCCGAUGAUAGGCUGCGUCGAGGAGAAAGGGAUGGAGAAGCCGUUGGGCGGUGGCUGGCCAAGUUCAAGGCAGUCGCCUACGACAUUGAGGACGUCCUGGACGACCUGGACGCUACCAAGCUCGUCCAGAAGACCCGGUCCAAGGUCAAGUUAUUCUUUUCUGGGAACAAUCAACUCUUCCAGCGGUCAACCAUAGCCCAUAAUAUGAAGACCGUGAGGGAGAAAAUAGAAAAAAUAGAAAAGGAAGGUCAGGCACUUAAUCUUGUGCGUCAUGUGGCAAGGGCAGAGGGGAGCAGAAACAAGGAAACUUUUGCAGCUUGCAGUACUCAAGGCAUGAAAACUGGAAUGGUGGGGAGGGACACCGAGAAAGAGAAGAUAAUCAACCUGCUACUGACAAGUGAAGCUAAUGAGGAUAUCUCCAUCAUUCCAAUUAUUGGGCUUGGUGGUAUUGGAAAGUCAACAUUAGCUGAAGCAGUUUUGGCAGAUAAGAGGGUCAGUGUCUUCGAUGUCCAAAUUUGGGUUCAUGUGUCUGAGCAGUUUGAUUUGCACACAAUUGGGAGUAGAAUCAUCAGAAGAUUAAAUAGCAAUAUCAACCUUGACAAAUGUGAUCUGCAGUUUAUACAUGAUAAUCUGAAAAAAGAACUUUCUACAAUAAGAUACUUGAUUGUUCUAGAUGAUCUCUGGGAAGAAGAUGGAAAUAACCUAGAAGAGUUGAAGCGGAUGUUGCAAUAUGGAUGCAAGGGUAGCAGGAUUAUAGUAACUACACGCAACCAGAGCAUAGUGCAAACACUUAGCACUGGUUUUCUUGCGAAAGACCAGAAAAUCUGCCCUGUGCCUGAGUCUGACCAAAUCAGUUUGGGUGUUUUAUCACCUGAUGACUGCUGGGAAGUAAUGAAGCAAAGGGCACUUGGACCUAAUGAUGACCAUAGUGGUUUGCAAGAAAUUGGAAGGGAAAUUGCAGCAAAGUGUGGGGGGUUACCAAUCGUGGCAAAUGCUCUUGGGCAAGUAAUGUUUGAGCGAAGGACUGUUGAGGCAUGGGAAGAUAUAAGAGACACCAAAGUUGACUUGGGUUUGAGAGAAGAACAUCAAAACAAGGCAUUAGAGCGUCUAAUGCUUAGCUAUUGCUACAUGAAGCUUGAGUUUAAAAUGUGCUUCACAUAUUUGGCGGUCUUCCCCAAGGGUUCUGUGAUGGAUCAGCACCAUCUAAUCCAGCAAUGGACCGCUCUCGGAUACAUUAAGGCACAUGAUGAUGGUGAAAGGUGUAUCAACUAUCUUCUUGGGAUGUCGUUUCUUCAUAUUUCACGGUCAUCCUCGGUUGAUCCAGGUCCAAUGCAUGCCAAAACUUCUCAAAAGUUCACCAUGCAUGAUUUGGUGCAUGAUCUUGCAUCAGUAAUUACUUCCAAAGAGUUCAUCAUUUUGAACGCUGAUGCUACCGAACCAAGGGGCUGGAAUAGAGCUCGUUAUUGCCGGCAUGCACAAUUGAUCAACUACCAAAAUCAAACCACGGUUUUCAAAGACCUGCCACCCACAGCUAGAACCCUCCAUUUUAGGUAUUCAGGAAAAUUGCAACUUCCCAAAAUGGCAUUUUCUCGAUCCAAGUACAUACGUGUGCUGGAUUUAAGUGGGCAUUCAGUUGGAAGGCAAUCUACUUCAAGCAACUUAGACCUUCAUGGAAGUUCAGUUGGGGGGCAAUCCACUUCAAGCAACGUGGUACUGCCAUCGUCCAUUCAUAAAUCGAAGCUGCUUAGGUACCUUGAUGCCACAUCCUUGCCAAUUACAUCACUUCCAAAGUCUUUCCACACACUAAAACACAUGCAAACUUUAAUUCUAUCCAAAUGUGCACUUGAAACAUUGCCUGACACUAUCUGUAGCCUCAACAAGCUUUGUUAUCUGGAUCUAUCUGGUAAUGUCAGCCUUACUGAGCUCCCGGCGUCACUUGGGAAGCUCUCCAAACUCUCUUUCCUCAACUUAUUGGGGUGUUCCAUGCUCCAAGAGUUACCCGAGUCCAUCUACGAGCUAACUUGUUUACGGCACCUAGACAUUUCUGAGUGUCGUACCAUUAAAAAGCUCCCUGAUAAAUUUGGCACUCUUUUGAAACUCAUCUUUCUAAACCUGUCUGGUUGUUCCAAGAUAACCAGUCUACCUGACAAUCUUAGACUCCAGUCUUUAGAGCAUAUGAACCUAUCAAAUUGCCACGAGCUAGAAAACCUACCAAAAGAUUUUGGCAACCUUCAAAGGCUUGUGUUUUUGAGCGUUUCUGAUUGCUACAAGGUUUCAUUGCUGCCAGAAUCAUUUUGCCAACUUAUUCAUCUAAAGUUCUUAGAUCUUUCUGACUGCCAUGAGCUCAUGGAACUCCCUGAAUGUUUUGGUCACCUUUUUGAGCUUGACUCUUUGAACCUAACAAGUUGUUGCAAGCUGCAAGUACUGCCCGAGUCAUUCUGCAAAUUGUCUAAGCUGAGGUGCCUCAAUUUGUCUUAUUGUAUGAGGCUUGAUAAGCUCCCACCCUCGUUCGGUGACCUUAAGCUUCAAUCAUUGGACAUAUCUUGUACAGAAUCCCUCGAUGCCUUGCCAAAUAGCAUUGCUGAAAUGACAAGUCUCACUCGAUUUGAGGCCAUGCAAGGAGUUCCUGAUGUGAUGGCACACGUUGGGGAAAUUAAAAAGCAUCUUCUUAUUUCAGAAGAAAUAGAGCAUGUUGUACAACAGAGAGAAAAUAAAGGAUGCAGCAGUAUAGUGGAACUUGCAGAUUUGACUUGUUAUGAGUUGGAUGUUCAAGAGCUUCAGAAUGUCAAGCAUCCAGAAGACGCGGAGAGAGCAAAGUUGCGUGAUAAAUCAGAUCUGAGGCAACUAUCUCUUCGCUGGGGAACCAAUGGAGGCGAGGGUAAAUCUGUGUUGGAGAAGCUCACACCUCCCCGGACUCUUGAAUUUUUUUAUCUAUUCGGGUAUAUGAGCAAGGAUUUUCCUAAAUGGAUGUCUGACAUCUCUUCCUACCUCCCUUCUCUCACCUUCCUCCGCCUUUAUGGUUUAGGAACAUGUGAUACUCUUCCUCCGUUUGGGCAGCUACCAAAUUUAAGAUGCAUAUGUAUGAAGAAAAUGCCCAACAUCAGGAAAAUAGGCAAGGAAUUCUUUGGGCACGGCAGACCCUGUGUAAAAUUAAGAUCGAUACAGUUAGAGUCGAUGGAGAACUUGGCUGAAUUCUUGACAACAAGGUCAGGUGAAGAAAAUGAAGAGUUCUUAAUUCCGAAUUUGCACUCUUUGUGUCUGUCGAACUGCCCAAAAUUGAAGUUUCUGCCAUAUCCGCCAAGAAGUAUGAUUUGGUACUUGGAAAACACUGAUGAGAUUAUUGCAGAAGGAGGAUUUGGGAAGCUUUCAUCUUCUGCACUUCCUUUUGAAAUGGUAAUAAAAAAUUGCAGUUUUUCUCCAGACAAUUGGGAUAGACUUCAUCACUUCCCCACCCUUGAAGUAUUUCAAGUUGAAUCCUGCAAGGGCUUGAGGGCAUUGCCAGAGGUCAUUAGAUGCUUCACCUCUCUAAAAAGCCUAGUUUUGAAGUCACUGAAGGAAUUGGAGUCACUACCGAAAUGGUUGGGGUGCUUCAUUUCCCUGCAACGUCUUCUCAUCCAGGAUUGUCCCAACCUGACAACUUUGCCUGAAAGCAUGAAGGGCCUUACUUCUUUAACAUAUCUGUAUAUAAAGAAGUGCCAAGAAUUAGCUGUGUUGCCACAAAGCCUAGGGCAGCUCAUUACCCUGCAAGACAUUUCCAUCAUCAAUUGUCCCAACCUGACAACUUUGCCUGAAAGCAUGAAGGGCCUUACUUCUUUAACAGAGCUUUGGAUAGAGGAGUGCCAAGGCCUAGCUAUGUUGCCAGAAUGCCUAGGACAGAUGAUUUCCCUGCAAAUUUUUUACAUCAUUGAUUGCCCCAACUUGACAUUUUUGCCAGAGAGCAUGAAGAAGCUUACUGCUCUCAGAGUCCUAACUUUGAAGGAGUGCCAACGCCUACAUAUGCUGCCAGAAUGGCUACAAGAACUCACUUCCCUGGAAGAAUUUAACAUCAUGGAUUGUCCCAACCUGAUAUCUUUGCCUCAAAGCAUACAAAACCUUCCAGUCUUGAAGGAACUCUACAUUUGCUGCUCUCCGAUUCUGGUCGAGAGGUGCCAAGGGGAGGAUGCAGGCCUUAUUUCUCACAUCCCGGAAGUGACGUUACAUGUACCAGAAGAAUGAGAGGAGGGUAACUUAAUGUUUGAUACAGGAGGGUGACUUGUGAAGACGCGAGAGCUAAAGCAAAUAAAAAGUGCAAAGUUAUCUGGAUUCUGGAGAAAUGAGUUAUGUCUUUGUCUGGCGGUGGUGACUUGUGAAGCCUGACGGUGGUGUAUUCCAGGCAAUCUAGUGUUCUCUGUAAUGUCAAUCUGGAGCUUUCCUAUCGGGAAUGACCUUGUAACCAAAGCAAUGGAGAGUCGGAGGCUGUUGCAGCAACCUACCAUAAUGUCAAUCUAGUGCUCUCUGUAAUGUAAGUCUACUGCUGCCUUCUGACCCAACCGCGGUGCGGCAGCAAGAGUUUUGGUCUGACCAUGUGGCAACACCAGCCCUGAAGAAGGCACGAACAGGCCCACAUUUGUUCCACCUGUGACUCUGUACUCUCUAGAACAGAGUGGAAGGACUAAGUAGAAUGUUUCUGCUUGCUGACAAGUGCAGAGUGAUGACGAGGAGACAUGCAGGAGAAAGUUUCAGAGCAAAAGGGAGAGAUACGUAGACUCUGAAAACUGAAAAGUGUAAGUGCUGUGCCGAGGAGACGUUGAAAUGCCAUUUGGCACAAUGACUUGAGAUCAGAAUACGAGGUUCUCAAGAGGUCGGAGCCCUUCAACCAAGCAAGUUGAGGUGUUGCCGGUCUCUACUCCACUGCAGAGCCAAUUGGAGAUCCUCCUAAUUGAGGAGACAAAGCUUAGGUAACAUGGAUUAGCCUCUCACAAGAUGCUUCCACAGCUUAACCCGGGCAUCUUCAGUUGGACUGUUGGUGCCAGACCAAAGUGGGAGGUUGCAGCAGCAUUUUCUGCCUGCCCUUCUCCAGAUGGUGCACAGCACAAGCGUCAAUCUUGCCACAGUUCGGACGCCUUGCAAUCGGAAAUUGAGUCAUGACGGAAAGCGAUGGUGGAGAUAGGCGAUAUAGAAUCCAGGAGAUGCAACAAAAAUGAUCUGGAUCUGGACUGACUCUGCGGGAUCGCCGGUGUUUUUUUUUUCUUGUAUCCGGAGUGUCAUCUUGGUUGCGUGUUCAUAGCCAGGGUGAAGUAUUUUGCUCUUCUGACUGUGUAUGUCUUGGGACUAGCAACAGUGUGAGAUAAUGUAAAUGCGCAAGGAAUCAUCGUGAUGUUCCGUAUGAACUUAUAAUUUAUAUUCUCUUUUCUGAGAAAAAGUUAAUGUAUUAUCUUACAACCUUC